AUGGAGGCUCGUGGCAAGGGCAAGGUGACUCCUGCUGAGAUCAAGUCUCUGUUGUCGACCACUGCCAACCCCAACGUCUUCCAUGAUGGCGUCACCGCGUCGCCCUUCCUGGGAUCUAUUGCGCAGAGGGGUAGAGGCCUCAUCGAUGCUUACAAGCUUAUGCACACUACCACUAAGUUCAACGUAAGCACUAUCUCGUUUAAUAACACCGAGCACAUUGCCCCUGCCUAUAUUCAGAUCAACAACACCGGUUCCCUGCCGCGUGUUUAUACCGUUGGCCACGUUGGUGCCGCGACUGUCUACACGCUUCCGAAAAACAGCUCUAUCCCCCAGAGGAACAAUCUCGGUGAUUUUGUGGCCUAG